AAGCUAAAUGGGUAGUACACGACAUGGGUUACUCAUAUCCAAAGAUAUUUGCUCAACUGACACUAACGACUGUUUUAUGUUGGAUUGGAGGUUCCUAUUACUAUCAUGACAGUAGUCAAGAAUUCCAAAUAUAUUCUACAAGUGAAAAUGAGAACUUCUCGUUGAAACACCUUCUAUCAAAUUACAAGACCUCGCCCCUCCAAUUAGAAGAACUAGAUAAGCUUUACAAUAUCACAAGAGUCCCGAACUAUAGAGAAAAGCUUUCAGAAAUAGGAUACCUAGAUAACUUUUACUAUUAUAACCAGAAGGUGGUAGACAAUACCAUCCAGAAGAGAAUGGAGACAAUUGACAAAGUUUGUCAGACAAUAGAUACAAGACACUACGGCUCAGUUCACCUUUACCAAAUGAAUGAGUUAGGGGUCACAUGGUGUCCAGUUUUUAAAGCUGGAAGCACCACUUGGAAGAACUACUUCUUGAAAAAAUUUGUCAACAUAAGACUUACAAACGAUCUUUCUCUCUUGAAGAAUAGAAUCCUGGCAGUAAAAUCAGGGUUGGUAGAUGGGAAACAAGUGUACAGGGAUGAGAGUGUGACUAAUAUGAGGUUUACAGUUGUGAGGCAUCCACUAUCGAGGAUCAUUAGUCAUGUUAACAAUGCAGCAAAAGAUAGUGAAAUGGUCGCAAUGAAAAACUCUUGGAUUUAUGAAGCAAUUGUUCAUAACAGAAAGGGAUCAUUGAUUAAUUCGACUAUUGAAUUGAACACAUAUAAAAGAGAAUUGGAUCACUACUUUUUAUGGCUAACACUAAAAAAAGUCUACAGCAAACCUAAAAUAUCAGAUAAAAAUCCUUUUCUUCAUCCACCAUAUCCUCAAUUAGAUGAUCUGAUCAAUUAUAUCAGAUUAGGUUCAUACAAUGGGCAUUGGGCUCCAGCUUGGAAAUGGUGCAAUGUCUGCACUAAUAAGUUAAACUAUAUGAUAAAGCUUGAAGAAGAACCCUUAGAGCUUUGGUAUUUACUUGACAAACUAGGGAUGUGGUCAGAAAGAGGACUUUUUCAUGAUGUUAAAGCCAACAGCUCGCCAAAAGUACAAAACUUAACUAAAGUUUGCCCCACUUUAGACAAUGACCAAAUUGAAUGGCUGAAUAGAUAUUAUGAGUAUGACCUUAAAAUGUUUGACUACGAAGUGUCGUAGUAUAUAAUAUGUAUAAUCAUUUAACUAUUUUAA